UAAAAAUGUUUGACCGCGAACAUUUGCGAAAAAUUCUUAAAAUAUUUAUUGUAGCGUUCUUAUGUUGUGAUCUUCAAAUCAGUUCCUUACAAACAAAUACUGUAGCUGCACAUCAUGAUUUUGAUGGCGAAGCUUUUAAUGGUACAUUGGCAACUCUAGAUAAAGCAAGAUACCAUGCUUCAAUACGUCUAAGUGCUAAAGAGACAAAAUUUGGUGAUGGUCAUAUAUGCAGUGGAGCUUUAGUAGCGCCUUCCGUGGUACUCACAGUGGCCAGUUGUAUUUACGAUUACAACAGUAAUAUGUCUCGACAUCCCUCAGAGCUAAAAGUGAUAAUGGGCACUCUAAAUCGUUAUCAGCGUACUAAAUUUACACUAGUCUACGGCGUGACACACGUUUAUCAACAAAAAACUUUUAAUCCACACACGUUACGUGAUAAUAUUGCGAUAAUAUUACUGGAACGUGAUAUACCUGAGGAUCAUCCAAUUGUGCAACCGAUUCAUAUAAACUUAUUGAAAACAAAUACUCGUACAAAUGUGCAUGCCAAUGUGAAAAUGCAGUAUGGCUACGAAGUGACGAGUUGGUGUGCUAAGGAGAGUUUGCCAAUUGCGCAGUUAAUAGCAUUCAAUGCCAGUGAACUUAGCAACCAAGCUUGUUCCAUUAACGAUAAGGCGUUAUCAACACAAGGUACAUAUUGUUUGGAACUUACACAUAUGGAGCAAGUCACUUGCCGAGAAAAUAUCGGUGCACCUUUACAUGCAGACAAUAAACUUAUUGGUCUGGUAUCACACGCAAGUACAACAAAGCAUACAGCGAUUAUCUACACAGAUGUAUCGCAUCAUGCCAAAUGGAUCCUGAGCACCGUUGGUAAAGGCAAUAACCAGAACAGUUCCAUUUGGGGUGUUAUAGGCUUUUUAGUAUUCACGAUUUUCACAGUAAAAAGCAGAAAGAAGUAAAGAAACUCCUGCUUUUUUGGAGUUCUUAAUGAUUGAUAUUAUUUAGCAUAUAAGAAAUCUUAGCUUACAAAAUGGGGGUUUUCAUUGAGACAAAGCGUUAGAUGGCGUUAAUAAAGAGAAGUUCCCUUAUAACAUAUAUAAAAGCAUAUUGUGAUAUUAUUUGUAAUAAAAAAAAUGACUUUAGAUGUAAAACUGUAAAAAUAUGAAACAUGUUUUUCAUGAUUCUAGAUUUAAGCUUUUAGUGAUAUUAAA